GUUUAAACAGUACAACUUGUACUUUCUUUAGAUCCACUUUAAUUAUUUUUUUAUUUGGAUAUAUGGACAUUUCGAUGAAAAGAUUUGAAAGAUGACAUCAGUAAUGACUCUAACACCAGAUCCUAGAAUGAAGUUACGACAUAGUGCCAAGGGAUCUAGAACUCUGGCAGACAGUAAACAAGUACGAAUAGAACGGGCUAAAUCUGUAGAGCCUAAUUCAAAAUACAAUUUACAGGAUGGAGAUGACAAUUACACAGUAUCACAAGAUAUUGCUGUCAAUACCAGUAGGAAGGAUGAAAAUAUGGAAAACGAAAAAAAGAUGAGAGAAACUACAAUGUUCCUUACUGCUGCUAGACGGAUAUCUACACCAAAAGUAAACCGUGCCUGUACACCGAUUGAGGUGGAGGAUCUAACGGAAGAGGAACUAGAUGCAUAUUACUUUGAUGAACCCGAGGCAGAGCCUAACAUUUCAAAGUUCGAUGUGAAAAAAUAUUAUGCCUCCAUGUGCGAAAAAGACGACCUUUUACCAUCCACAACGUUCCUACGUCAGAUCGAAAAACCUACGUGUAACCUGUCUUGUCUAAUGAUGAAGGAAAUAGACGUCAGGCCAAUAGCUAUAACAUUAGUUAAUAAUUCCAAAAUAACAGAGUUGGACUUGUCAGAAAAUGACCUUGGUAGUAAGGGGAUGCAUCAUAUAGCAGAGGCUUUGAGAGAAAACGUAUUUAUUACACACGUAAAAUUAUCGCGUGUUGGAAUAGAUCCUAAAGGAAUGAAGUACCUACAGGAAUGUCUCAAAUGUAACAAAACAUUAACACACCUUGACUUAUCAACCAAUCAUCUGAACGCAAAAUCAGCCGUAUUUAUUGCAAAAAUGAUUCAGGAGAAUGAUUUCAUCGUAGAGUUAGUCCUUCGAGAGAACGAUCUGGAUGAUGAAGCUGGAAGUACAAUUGCAAAAUCCAUAUCCUCUAACCUUACACUUAGGUGUUUAGAUUUAAGUUGGAAUCAUAUAAGAGGACGUGGUGCAUCUGAAGUUGUAAAAGCUAUUUGUGAGAACGUAGAAUUAGUAGAUGUCAAUCUUUCAUGGAAUGGAAUUGGCGAAGAAGGGUCUAUUGCCUUUGGAAAAUAUUUCAUGAAAAACCAUACUCUACGCAAACUAGAUUUAACAAACACUAGAAUCAAUUUCACACACCUCGGUCACAUUCUAAAGGGUUUAAAACUGAAUGAUACACUGGAAACUGUUAAGCUGACUAGUAACCCUUUUACAACUGAUGGUGCCAUUGCUAUACUAAAAUGCCUUGAACUUUCAUCGACAUCUGUAUUAAAGAAUUUACACUUAGAGGAUACUCCUGUAAACGACGAAUUUAUAGAUGCAUAUGAAGAACUUCAAAACAUUCGAGAUAUAUAUGUAUACCACAAAGAACCGAACAAAAAGAAAAUAACUUCGAUACUGAGAGAAAAGAAACUAGAGAACUAUGACCCGAUGUUGUUAUUGUUUGAACUCAUGAGACAGGAGAAUAUGCGAUUAAUUGAUUUAUUCCGUCAAUUUGAUAAAGAUUCAGAUAACAAUAUUACAAAACAAGAACUUAAAGAUGGAUUUUUGAGAUUUUCCAUGGAACUAUCGGAAGAAAAACUAGAAACACUGAUGAACAAAUUGGAUCUAGACGACAAUCACAUCAUUGAUCUUCAUGAAAUGGUAUACGGCAGACGACAAGCAGCUCAUGUCCGACAUCUUGCAAAUAAAGAUACGGUCGGACGAUUAUCAGAAUCUAUGAAACAUUUACAAUCAUUGGUAGAAAAAUCAAGGAAAGAAAAACACAACGCAUUGUUUCAAAAUAUAGAAGCUAGACAAGAAACGAAGAAAAAAACUUUGAAUCGUCGGGAAAGUGCGGCUUCUUUAUCUUUUGAAAUAACAGACGAAGGACGAAAAACUCUAGAAUCCAUUGCCCCAAUAAAUAUAGAAUCUUAA